AUGGCACCCGCUCCGGAGGAUGUCUACUGCACACUGCUGCUGAACGAUGCCUACCUCCCUGGAGCCCGGGUUAUCGCCCACUCUCUCCGCGACUCUGGCACCAAGUACCGCCUCGCCGUAAUGGUGACGCUGGCCGGUGUCACCGAGAACACUGUGACGGAGCUGAAGAAAAUCUUCGACUACGUUAUCCCAGUAGAGCCCAUCUACAGCACAUCGGCCGCGAACCUGAACCUCAUGCGCCGUCUCGACCUCCAUGCCGCGAUGACCAAGAUCAACCUGUGGAACCAGACCCAAUUCCGCAAGAUCGUCUACGUCGACGCCGACAUGGUUGCCCUGAGGGCCCCCGAUGAGCUCUUCGACAUCGACGCCGUCUUCGCUGCCGCUCCCGAUGUCGGCUGGCCCGAUUGCUUCAACAGCGGAUUGAUGGUCGUCAAGCCCGACCAGAAGACCUACGAGGAGCUCAUCAGCCUUGCGAGCCAAGGACAGAGCUUCGAUGGCGCGGACCAGGGUCUUUUGAACCAGCACUUCAGCGACUGGCACCGUCUGUCUUUCGUCUACAACUGCACCAUCGGUGCCAGCAUGGGUUACCAGUAUGCGCCUGCUUUCAAGCACUACGGAUCCAACGUGUCUCUGGUGCACUUCAUUGGCGGAACCAAGCCCUGGGACCGAGGCCAGUCCACCAACACCGGCUCGGGCGACCCAUACGAGAAGCUCUCGGGCCACUGGUGGUCUGUCUUCAACAAGCAUGAGGGGUAUUCUACCAAGCAGGCAGCAAAGGGAGAGAGCGCACAGACACCGACCUACUCACGACCGACGGGCACUGAGCCCGAGCAAGCCGGCAACGAGCCGAAAUUCGUGCCCAUCCGCUCUAUCGACAAGCCGAGCCGCUACCUCGAGAACUUCACCACCCACCACCAUUACGAGCACUUCAAGACUCAGGGCAGUCUCGGCGAAUACGUGAUAACCAAGCAUGGACGGGUGGCCCAGGACGAGUACUUCCAGACCGGUGCCAACACGUAUCUCGUCAAGAAGCACGCCAGGCCUGUCACGCACGACCAGGCCGCUGGACCUGGCCAAUUGUUCCAUGCCCCCCAGACCCACUGGGACCCGACCAAGUCCGCGCCGCCGCAGAACAGUGCGCCCGAGGGCAACAAGCUCACCAUCGAGCCAUACACCAACGCCUGGGACACCACGGCCUCGGCGCCGUUCGUCGCGACGACAUUUGCUCCGCCACCGCGACACCACCUCUGGUACGACAUCCCGGAGACGUCCAAGCAGCCGCAGGCCUCCAAGACGGUGUUCCCGUGGGAGGAGAAGCCGCGCCACAAAGUCACCCGUGUAUUCAUGGACGACCCCCAGUCGUCGCACGUCGACUCCCCCGAGGGCAGCCAGCAAGACCACCAUGAGGAAACAUUUGAGUACGACGACGACGGCAGCUCCGUCGUCUCGACUGAGGGCAACGAGUGGAGGAGGUUUGUAUCGCGCGAGAACAGGUGGGACACGGACCCCGCGAUCCGCGACUACGUGCUGGGCCUGCGCAAGCGCCAGCACCAGGCUAUCGGUGAGGCGCCACCACCACCACCCCCCCUUGUCGUCGCCGCCCGAGGGGAAGUACCCUCCCCGCUCCGGCGAGCGGCUCCCGCACAGGCACAAGUUGAGGAAGAACAUGAAGCCCCGGAGGAGCCGGAAUGGGACCCAGAGAAGAAGCUGGAGGAGCUGCGACGUCUCCCCCCCAGCUUGCUGAGCCAGCUCAUCUCGACGAUGCAGCAGCAGCAGCAGCAGCAAGACGCUGAUGAUGAAGACCGCGGGAGAACAAAGGUACCCUCCUUCCACUACCACCCGAGGAACCCAAAUUAUAGAAACGCAUCUACACAGUGUGAGCCGCUGUCAACCACUACCAUGGUCGAUGUCGGGACUCAGUGCGCAGAUGGGGACUUCUAUGACUUGGGCGCCUCUAAUAACCACGGCUGGAACCCUAACCGUACCACGUUGAUACAGUCCGUCACGCCAAAGGCCUCGAUGAGGUUCCGCGAGGCGACGGCGACGGAGCUUGGCGGUUUCGACGACUCGGACGCAUUGAAAACUCCCCGCGCUCGCAGUAUUGACUCCGCACUGGGAGGGUCCGCGUGCUCGACUGUUGAGGAUAACUAA